AUGUUUAGAGACAAAUUCCCCGAUCUAGAAGAUCCCCGCGAAUCCGAGGAGCACCUCCUGGCAGAAGAAGAAGGCAUAUUGUGGGGCAUAAAUGAGCAAAAUGACGAUUGCAGUUCUUUCACGAAGACCUUCCUUUGGUUCACUGCACUAAGCGUAUUCUUCAUGAGCGGCACUUUGUUCGGGUUCUUCUGGCGGGGUGACUUGGAUAGUCUGUGUAGUGAACAUACCUCACAGUACUCACCCAUUAUGAAAAAGGUUGGGAUCACCUAUAACUUACAUGAGUUCAACGGCUCGCUUCUCAAGGAGAACAUCUUCCGCCAAGAUGCGAGUCCGGAUGUGGAUGCUGCAUGGGAAGCUCUUGGAGUCAAUUAUCGAGGCAUUCGAGUACCCGAAAAAGAUGCAGAGCAAUCGGGUCUCACCGCAGACCAGGUCCAGAUCAAUCCUAAAUAUGGCGGAGGAUAUCCAGCAAACGUGGCAGGUCUCCACCAUUUGCACUGUCUAAACGUUGUUCGACAGUCACUAUACUACAACUACGACUACUAUCGUUCCAAAGAAGAGGGCGUAUUCGGCAACAAUGAUUACAUCUUCCGACGCCAAGUUUCAUACUGCUUAGAUAUCAUUCGGCAGCAACUCAUGUGCACAGUAGACACGGGAGUAUUGGGACAGGUCUGGGUUUACCCCGAUAAUCCAGAGCCACACCUCGACUUCAACACCCACCAUCGGUGCAAGAACUUUGACCAGAUUCGACGCUGGGCUGAGGUGAACCAAAUUCCUAAGGAUCCACCAGUGGAUUAUAUCGCGCCUCCCGCGCCCGGCACCACGAUUUAUAAUGAAAUGCCAUGA